CCCAAAACGCACUCAUUGGCGUGUCAUUCCCUCUGCCAGUCCACCACUUGCAUGUCUUGCUACAGCUUGCCUUAUCAUCCCACUACCUGGUCCGACUCACAUGGCCCCAACACUCCCCGGCAGCACCUCGUCUUUUUGGUUUCGCUCGCCGCAGCCAACACACCCGAGCCUUGAUGCUCCAUGCCCAUUGCCCAUUGAUUGGGCCUCUGGAGCCUUCCUUGCAUUGAUUGUUUUUGUGCCAGACCGCUUGCCACUAACUUAGACCUUCUCCGAGCCGCGUGUCGUUCGUACUCUAGUCCUCUAUUAUAAUCCCCCAUGGCCGGUCAACCUCCUGGUCGACUUCCACGUUGCUGCCCUGCCGCAGUUAUCUUUUGCCAAACUUCUUUGCGUCAUCCUCGACCCUUCGUCCCCAACCACCCACCCCUCAAUCCCCCCUCACCUCUCCUCAACCCAACCAUGACCUUUGAUCUGCAGCUCAAGGUUUAUCCCUCGAAUUCCUGAACCGUCGAAGCCUUGCCCGACAGCGCACAUGUUUAAAUCCUCACCAACUUGUCGAAAUGAGCGAGCGGACGUUGACCAACGUUGUGAAUGACCAGACCGUUGCAUUGAACGCCCUCAUUUAUGGCUACGCCGGCCAUUCCCUUGUGACCCCGCAGCAUGCUAUACAACAGAUUUGGUGGACCGAAGGAAGAAUCAAUGAGAAGGUUACCCGGGAAUUCGUCACCUCGAGGCUGAAGCCUACCGAAAGAGAAAAGCUGGAACAACACGUCGGAUUUGGCGAUCUGACCAAUAACACUUAUAUCGAAUGGAUCCUCGAGAAGGCGAGGCGAUUGUUUCUCGUUCUUGCAGAAAUUGGGGAAGCAGAUCGCAUCUUUGCUGUGGUGGAAAACUCGUGGGAUGAUGUAGAUUUGCCCUUAUCUCCCAAGGACAUUGAGAAACUUGCACUUGCAAACAGACGCGAUGACCAGGCCAACGCGCGAUUUUUUCAUACCCAGUUCAAUUUCUUGCUUCGAGAACUCCGUUCGGGAGUGCACAUCGAUUUCGCUCCCAAUGAGGAGGUGCCGCUCGAAUACGUUAUGGGGCUCCCGCCAGCUGUGAGCCUCCAGAAUUGGUCGCGGGUUCAUCUCCCGAAGAAACCUAAUACGAUCUACGUUCGAAGAAAGUUUGCACUCAGCAAACCAGAGAUGCCAGGAUGCUUUGAGGAAGACUUCUUCAUGGAUGUAGAAAGCGCAAAGAUGGUCAUGCAUGACCACAUUGUGCCAAUCUGGGCAUCGUAUACAUUCAAGGACAUUGGAUAUGUCAUGACAGAUUUUGUAUGCCAUCACACCCUACGGUCCUUUAUCGACCACCGCGACCCCGUUCAAUACAAGAGGUUACCGAAGCCUCAAAGGCGACAUUUGGUACUUGGCUGGCUUCAUUGCCUCGCUGAUGCCGUGGCAAUGAUGCAUCGCAACAAUUUCUGCCAUACCGCGAUCCGACCCUCGAAUAUUCUCAUCGACGACCAGAACGCGAUAGCUUUCAGCGACAUUGGUUGUUUCGAGACUUUCCAGAGGGAUAAAAGGCUAGAUCCAAUGGACGUGUAUAUAUAUAGUGCUCCCGAAACUCACCCAGGGACGCAGACGGUCGAACCGGUCUCGAAUCCUGCGUCGCCUACGUCUCCUACAUGGCCCAUGUGGCCGUCGUCACCCACUACCGCAACGCGCAAACAAUCUGUUGGGAGCAAGAAUUCGUCUGGGUCAUCGAGCAGUAGUGGGUCACAACGUCAAAAAUUAACAAAAGCGCCCACAUCGUCGAACGACUUCAGCGGGUUUAAUUUCGGGUUUAAGAAGGGUAAACAGCCCGUGAAACCGCGGUCUCACACACACGAGACGGAGCAGGCAGACGUGUACUCUCUUGGAUGUGUUUUUCUCGAGAUCAUCACGUUCAUGCUGAAGAAGAAACCACACGACUUCAUCAAACACCGAUCGUCGAAGCAGCGCGUCAACGCCGGCGGCAAGAAUUCGCGCACAGACUCUUCUUACCACGCGAAUCCGGAGAAAAUUGAGUCGUGGAUGAAAAUCCUGGAGGAUCUAUCUUCUUCUGCUCAACAAGAAAGCGAAGGACUCGAAGCUGUACCCUACGUGUUGACUCUCAUUCGCAGUAUGCUGUCGCGAGAUCCGGAAGCGCGGCCUAGCGCACGAAUUGUUCGCGAUCAGCUUUUUAUCAUUCUCUGCAAUCAUACUAAUAUCCAUGAUAUCCACUGCGGCGCACACAUGCACGAUGUAGGAGUGGCUGAAACUGUGCUUUCGGAAUCCGACCGCAAUUCGUCUUUUGUCUCUCUGAGGCCGCUCAGUAUUUCCACACAAUCUACGAGUUCCCUACCUUCUUCACUAGCCAGCUCUGACACCGACACUAUUCGCUCUUCGAUGUAUUCUACUGGAUCUCGGGUGCAUUCUAUACUGGAUUCGUACACUGAUCGAUCCAUGCUAGCUGGCAUUAGGGAAUUGGACAGCGACGAUGAUUUCGAUGACGGUGUAUCCAUCUUGACCACAACGACGGCGACCACGACGAAUGCGCCAUCAAGCUCGAGAAGACCACCACCUCCGCCCGUAGAUACAUCGGCGACGUACUCGACUCUCGAUACUAACACGGCAUACACAAGCCCACGGAAACCACCGACCCCUCCCAUCUCGCCACGAAGCACGAAGUCACCCACACCGAGUUCCCCCACAGCAACACCCAUAGGCUCCCCCAUGACCAUGGAAUUCGACCGCAGUUCUAGCCCGUCAAGUGUCUUGAAUGGCGGUAGAACCAAAUCGUGGGGUAGAAGCAGACCCAGAUAUCUCCUCCCUUGA